UGCAUUGAUUAUAGCUGGAGAGUGCAGUGCAAUCAUAAGAAGUGGCUGUGGAAAAUUGGGUGGCCUAAAAAGUUCGUACUUUUUGUAACCUGCUGGAGAGUGCAGUGAAAAUUACCAGAAGUGACUGUCGAAAAAUAUUGGGGAACUACAACACUUGUACUUUUUUGUAACAUGUGAGGGGAAAAACAGGCCAACCAACCAUGCUGAAUAUUACAUUGACUAUUAGC